UUCAUCAAAGGGCGCCGUGCGUCACCAGAUCGACAUGACUCGUCUACGGGGCCUUAGAGUGGAUGUCAUUCACGAUUCUAUAAUUGAGGAAACAUAACCGUUUACAGGAGAUCCCAGAUAUCACACCAUGGACUUGAUCAUGGUGACACACGUGCAAUCGAGUCGGAUGGGUGAGACACGUGUGUGAUGAAAGCUUUGGGGCGUCCGAGAUGGGGGAGGGACGUUGGCAUUUCUCCUCCCCUCUUUCUGCAAUCUGGCAUUAAAGAAAAGUCAGUGCCUUAAUCCCCCGAGAGGAGAAAGAGGAGAGAAGAGAAGAGAGAGACCUUAAAAAGCUGCUCAAAAUCCAAAUCCAAUGUCUCCUUCAGAUGCCAACAUCUUCCCCUUCAACGCCUCUGUUAGGAAACGGACGGAGGCCCCUCGCUGUCUCUGCUCGCCUCAUUCGUUUCCCUCCAAGAAAUACAAAUCACUGGCGGAGAUAAUGCAAACGGCGCCGAUUGUUGUCAUGGAGAAUGAGGAUGAGGAAAGCAGCAACGAUGAGAACGACGACAACGACGUGAGGUGCGAGCAAUGCAUGUCGGGAGAUGGAGCUGAGGAGAUGCUGCUCUGCGACAAGUGCGAUAAGGGAUAUCACAUGUACUGCUUGCGUCCCAUCAUUGUUCGAGUCCCUACAGGGUCCUGGUUUUGCCCCAAUUGCUCUCGGAAGAAACGGUUAACAAUGUUUCCGCUCCUGCAAACCAAGAUUGUGGACUUUUUCCGGAUUCAGAGGGGAUUGGAUGCCUUGGAUAAAUGUACUUCUCCUCUAGGUUAUUUUUUCUGUCUAGAUGCCAGGAAACGUCGGAGGCGUUCCACCCCUUUAGUUAUGUGUAAGAAGAGGAGGAGAUUAUUGCCAUUUAGUCCAACAGAAGAUCCUGUUCGGAGGCUAGAACAAAUGGGUUCCCUUGCUACAGCAUUAACGGCAUUGCGGAUGGAGUUCAGCAAUGAGCUCACUUACAUGCCUGGCAUGGCUCCCAGAUCUGCUAAUCAGGCCAGGCUGGAAAGGGGUGGCAUGCAGGUUCUCUCAAAAGAAGAUACAGAAACAUUAGAGUUUUGCUCAGCAAUGUGCAGAAGGGGGGAAUGGCCUCCCCUUGUAGUAGUUUUUGAUUCUUGCGAAGGUUUCACUGUAGAAGCCGAUAGAAACAUAAAGGAUUUAACCCUCAUCACGGAAUACACUGGUGAUGUUGACUAUAUCAAGAACCGGGAACUUGACGAUUGUGAUAGUAUGAUGACCCUCCUUUUAUCAACAAACUCAUCUGAGAGUCUUGUUAUAUGCCCGGAUAAACGUGGAAAUAUUGCUCGCUUCAUUAAUGGCAUUAACAAUCACACUCCGGAUGGUAGGAAGAAACAAAAUCUUAAAUGUGUCAGGUAUAAUGUAAAUGGUGAGUGUCGGGCCUUACUUGUUGCCACCCGUGAUAUUGCUAAAGGGGAGAGGCUAUACUACGAUUACAAUGGAUAUGAGCAGGAAUACCCAACUCAGCAUUUCAUCUGACUUACUCUACAACUACGGAAUUUCCUCUAACCAGUCCAUGCAAAGUGUAAAUCAGGAUCCGAACGGGUCAUUUUUGAGGUAGUUAUUUGAGGGAUUCUUUUACAGCCCAUUUGGUUCUAACGCUGAAAUCAGCACCAUUCCUUCUCUAUUUAUUGUGGUUGGACCCUUCAUUGUUUGUCCAAUGUAACAGUGACCAUUCCAAGGCCAUGAAAGAUAUGGGAUUAAAUUAACAUGGAGUGUCAUUUCCAGUUCUCAGUUAAGGAUAAUGUCUUCAAUUUGCAUCAUUUUGAAAUGCAGAUGUCAGAAUGAGUCGAUCUUAAGCUUU